GCGGGCAUGCAGUACACAACAUGUACGUACGGUUUACAAUGUUUGAUGGCUCGACUACGCAAGGUGCUGUUCCCAUUUAAACAUUAUUCCAGCUGGCGUAACAUCUAAAGUAGACAUUUUUGCGAGUUUCAUGCAUUCUAGGAGGACGUCUACAGGCACCGGUCAGGAUGACACUAGAGAUAAGCCUUACAACGUUUCUUCUGGGACUGGUAACUUUCCUUGUUACCUUGAUGCUGAUUCGUUCCCGGACAAGGAGAACACAAGCCAAUUUCCCGCCGAAGGGUCCUCCUGAAUGGCCGAUCAUCGGAAGCCUGCUCAGCCUCGCCGGGGAACACCCUCCGCACCAGAUCCUCGCCGGCAUGGCCAAAAAAUAUGGACCGAUCUUUAGUAUGCAGAUGGGAUCGUUCUAUACACUAGUACUAAGUGACUAUUCCCUUGUAAAACAGGCGUUUGCAAGAUCUGGAGAGGACUUCUGUGAUCGGCCAAGGAUAACUAUGAUAGAGCAUUUAUCAGGGGGCAAAGGUCUCAUCGCUGGAUACAGCAGCCCUGUCCAAACUGAACAGCGUCGUUUCACCUUUUCUGCGCUCCGAUCUCUGGGCAUGGGAAAGUUUCGAAUGGAAGAAACAAUUAUAGAGGAGGUUAAACACCUUGUAAAAAACUUUACAGGACGUCACUCUGAACCGUUCUGUCCGUUUCAUGACAUAAUUGUCUCAGUUUCGAAUAUCAUUUGUUGGUUGAAUCUUGGAAAACGGUUUGAUUAUGACGAUGAGGACUUUAAGGGAGUCAUCGAAGCACUCUUGGCCAUCGUUGAAGUCACAGAAGUAGGAGGUGCGUUCAAUUUUAUUCCAUUCCUGCGCUUUUUACCUCGGAGUGGUCUUAAGAAAUGCCUCCAAAGCAAAGCUCAUUUUGACAAGUACAUGUACCCCCUUUUUAGAAAAAUAAAACAGGAUUAUGUUAAGAAGUCCGACCCAGCAACAUGUUUCAUUCACAUGUAUGCUGACAAAAUAGCCCAAGCUGCAAGCAUGGGGAAGGAAAGUACUACCAAGAGUUCGUUUAAUGACGAGAACAUGAUAGUGGCUGUUGCUGAUCUCUUUGUUGCCGGUACAGAGACGACAGCCACAACUCUCAAAUGGGCACUUCUCUAUAUGGUUGUCAAUCAGGAUGUCCAACAAAAGGUACAAGAGGAAUUAGACAGGGUAGUUGGUCUGGAUAGGUUGCCUAGUUUACUGGACAAACCUAAUUUGCCAUACACAGAAGCAACCUUGCUGGAGAUUCAGCGAAAGGCAUCGAUCGUGCCCUUGGGGGUCCCCCACGCAACUACCAGAGACGCUGUCCUCAAUGGCUAUGACAUCCCUAAAGGGACUGUCAUCCUACCUAACCAGUGGGCCAUUCAUCAUGACCCAGACCUAUGGAAGAAUCCUGAUGAGUUCAAUCCAGACAGGUUUCUUGAGCCAAACACUAAGCAGGUUGUACAGAGGGAGGAACUCAUUCCAUUCUCCAUCGGUCGCCGAAGGUGCAUUGGAGAGGAGCUGGCAAAAGUGGAACUCUUUCUGUUCUUUUCUCACCUUCUGUGCCACUUUCGUUUUGUCCUACCUCCUGGAGCCCCUCCUCCCACAAUGAAGGGAAGAUCGCUUGCUACAUACGUACCUCACCAAUACUCCCUGUGUGCUAUCUCGAGACGUAAAAAGGACUGCUGCUGAUAACUGUUAUGAUUAUUGUAACCAUCGGGGUGACACAAACAUUUGCCCCAGCGACAUUUGUUCCGGUCGUGGUAUCUCAGAGGGCGAAGGGUUAGAGUUAGGACAAAAAAAAGAGUUUUGGGUUCAGAAGAAUGAUUGUAGUUCAUUUAGCUUUGGAGGUUUAGAUUGCAUGUUUUAUGUUUUCCAUUCAAAUAUUUAAAAUUCAAUAACUUUGUUAUUUGUUGUCUAAUUUUGAUCAAAUUUUCAGCAUUCUGCUCUGUGAAUUUUACAUGUACUCUAUUUAUUGAGACAUAAAUAUUUCCAGCCUGGACCAUCCCUUUUAGUGCAGCGUGAGCAUGCUGACCCAGGCGAUACAGACCUGGUGUGAAGAAUCCUGCGACCGCCUACCCCCCCCCCCCCUUCACCUCCAGCCAUAAUAAAUUGCCGCCCUUGGUUGUACUCAUUCAAAACCAUUUUUUUUGAGGGGGGCAUAGGCCUCGUCUUACAGAGCUUCUAGUUUGCAACAUUUCAUUUGUACAUGACUUUUUCAGCAUGAUCAAAACUGCCUACAUGGGGUGGAAAAUUAUGUAAGUGCUUUACAGUACAGGGUCCAGGGUCC